AUGCACGGUUGUGCAUAUAAGGGAGACCUCGAUGUUGACGGAGAGGACGAGGCCGACACAGCGAAUAAGGCGCAGGAAACGGAUCGCGAAGGCGAGGCGAAGGGCGAUGACGAAGCCCAGGAGGAAGGCGCAGGCGAGCAGCGCGAUAUGCCCGCUGGAGUCAAGGAGGUUGAUCCGACGCAGGCGGGCGUGGCGGAGGAGCCAAGCGCGGUGAAAGCGGACGGGAAGAAUGGUGCUCAGAAUCAGACGCGUGGCAAAGAGAAGAACGACGGCGGGAGGCGUAGCAGCGGCGCGCGCUCACCGAAUCCGCGUCAGCACCGAGACGAGAAACGCGGAGGCGGGGUGCGCGUGUCCGAUCUGCGGCAGCACCGUGACGAAGGGCGCGGCGACGGCGUGCGCUCACCAGGCCUGCGACAGCAUCGCGAUGUGGGGUACGCUGGCGGCGCGCGCUCGCCAGAUCCGCGGCCGCCGCGUGACGAGAGGCGCGAAGGCGGCUACCGCUCGCCUGAUCCGCGGCCGCUGCAUGACGAGAGGCGCGGAAGCGGUUACCGCGGAGGUAUCACGGCGGGAGGAGCGAAGGGGGCUCGCGCUCACCAGAUCCGCAUCACUAUCGUGAUGGGAGACGCGGAAGUGGCUAUCGCUCGCCCGGCACGCAACGGUACCAUGAAGGGAGGUGGGGAGGCGAGGCGCGCUCGCCGGAUUGGCGUCAGCGACAUGAGGAAAGCCGGGGAGGCAGAUACCGCUCGCCGCAGCGGCAGCGAAGCAGGGAUGGAAGGCAGGGCGGCGGGUCUCGCUCGCCUGGGCGGUAUCGGCAGCGUGACGAAAGAUGUGCCGAUGAAGGAGGACAGGAUCAACGCGGCAGCAGAGUGGGAGGCAGCGGGCUGA